GAGUUAUUUAAGGUUGAGCUGUUCUGUGUUUGUGUUUUACUUAUAAGUUUGCAGGCGAGAUCUCAUAAUUAAUUAUUUCUGAAAUCAUGAAGCAUAAAGAUGGAAAAUAUCAUUCCCAACCUGAUAAAGGUGUCAAGAUUGUUCCUGCAACAUUACUGGUUUUUGUGCUAUGCGGGUUUUCUUUCUAUCUUGGCGGAAUCUUCUGUUCUGAGAAAAAUAAAUUGGAGGACAAGACAGUCCAUGAUGUUUCCAAGGACGUUCCUUCUACAAAAGAACCUGCGGCAAACCCCCUUCAAAUCAAAUCCAUUGCCUUCCCUGAAUGCAGCAUUGAUUAUCAAGACUACACUCCAUGCACAGAUCCCAACAGGUGGAGGCAGUAUGGUCUUCAUCGGCUUACUUUCUUGGAACGCCACUGUCCUCCAGUGUUUGAGAGGAAGGAAUGCUUGGUUCCACCCCCUGAUGGGUAUAAGCCACCAAUCAGAUGGCCAAAGAGCCGCGACGAAUGUUGGUACAGGAACGUCCCAUAUGAUUGGAUUAACAAGCAGAAGUCUAAUCAGAAUUGGCUGAGGAAACAAGGGGAGAAGUUCCUGUUUCCUGGUGGGGGUACUAUGUUCCCCAGAGGAGUUGGUGCAUAUGUAGAUUUGAUGCAAGAUCUGAUCCCAGAAAUGAGAGAUGGCACGGUUCGAACUGCGAUUGAUACUGGUUGUGGGGUUGCAAGUUGGGGAGGUGAUCUAUUAGAUCGUGGAAUUCUGACAAUUUCUCUUGCUCCAAGAGAUAAUCAUGAAGCUCAGGUCCAGUUCGCGUUGGAACGUGGAAUACCUGCAAUCCUUGGUGUCAUUUCUACCCAGCGCCUUCCUUUCCCUUCAAAUUCAUUUGAUAUGGCUCAUUGCUCAAGAUGCCUUAUCCCAUGGACGGAAUUUGGUGGAAUUUAUCUCCUUGAAGUCCAUCGCAUACUCCGUCCCGGUGGUUUCUGGGUCUUGUCUGGCCCUCCUGUAAACUAUGAAAACCGUUGGCGUGGAUGGAAUACGACUGUGGAAGAGCAGAAAUCAGAUUAUGAGAAGUUGCAGGACUUGUUGACUUCAAUGUGCUUUAAAUUGUAUGCCAAAAAGGAUGAUAUUGCUGUGUGGCAGAAAUCUUCAGAUAAUAGCUGCUACGAUCAGAUUGCUGAUCCAGACGCCUACCCUGCCAAGUGCGAUGACAGUCUUGAACCUGAUUCAGCAUGGUACACUCCGCUACGUCCAUGUGUUGUAGUUCCAGGGCCUCAACUCAAGAAAUCAGCCUUAGAAUCCCUGCCAAAAUGGCCGGAGAGGUUACAAGUUGCACCAGAACGCAUUUCAGAUGUUCCUGGUGGGAGUGCCAGUGCCUUAAAACAUGAUGACAGCAAGUGGCAGGUGCGGGCCAAGCACUACAAAAAGUUACUCCCUGGGAUUGGGACCGAUGAGAUAAGAAAUGUUAUGGACAUGAAUACAGUUUAUGGAGGUUUCGCUACAGCUCUUAUUGAUGACCCCUUCUGGGUCAUGAAUGUUGUCUCUUCCUAUGCUGCCAACACACUACCUGUGGUCUAUGACCGGGGCCUUAUUGGAACUUAUCAUGAUUGGUGUGAACCAUUUUCAACAUAUCCUCGGACAUAUGAUCUCCUUAACCUCGAUGGCCUCUUCACUGCUGAGAGCCACAGGUGCGAUGUGAAGUAUGUGCUGUUGGAGAUGGAUCGUAUCUUGCGCCCAAAGGGGUAUGCGUUAAUAAGGGAAUCCAGCUAUUUUGUUGAUGCCAUUGCCACCAUUGCCGAGGGAUUAAGGUGGGGCUGCCAUAUAGAAGACACUGAAUAUGGUGUGCAGAAGUCUGAGAAGAUAUUAGUAUGCCAGAAAAAACUCUGGUAUUCCUCAAACAGUAACAGCAGUUGAAGAUGAUAUAGUUAUCCAAGUCAAGGUGACAAGUCUCUUGCCCGGUUAAAAGUAUAAUUAUAGUUCCCCAAGAGUAGGAGCUGAAACAAGGAAGUUCCAUACCGCACAAAGAGAUUAGUUAUCCUCCCCCAUAGAUAUCACUAAAUUCAUAUUCGUCAAUUGAAGAGUUAGC